UCGGUGCUUCCGGGGUCACCGGGCUCCACAAUGGCGUGGAGGAGCUGCUUCGUCCUGUUCAGACUGACCGCACAAGAUGUUUUACGGAGCUCCCCGAGGGGAGGCAGCAGGUGGCCUCACAGCUUCCAGCAGAGAUACGGCUUCAAGAAAGUUGCCAGGAAACCAGAAUCCAAGAAGGUGGAGGAGGAGCUGGCAGCCGAGGUUGCACCCCCCCGCCGGCCCCCCACCCCCCACCCGAAGGAGCGGCCCCCCACCGGCCCCCCAGACUACAUCCUCAGACCGCUCAUCUUCACCGUGGGGUUUACAGGCUGCUCCUUCGGCGCGGCGGCCAUCUGGCAGUACGAGUCUCUCAAGUCUCGAGUGCAGAGCUACUUUGAUGAGGUCAGAGUGGAUUGGUUGGAGAAGGUGCGACCUCAGAAACAACUAGGACUUCGCAAAGAGAUCAACCAGUGGUGGAACAGCUUGAGUGAAGGUCAGAAGACGGUCACAGGCAUCAUUGCUGCUAACUUCUUAGUGUUCUGCUGCUGGAGAAUACCGUCUAUGCAGCGUACCAUGGUCAGAUACUUCACCUCCAACCCGGCCUCCCAGACGCCGUGCGCUCCGAUGGUCCUCUCGGCCUUUAGCCACUACUCUUUCUUCCACAUGGCGACCAACAUGUACGUCCUGUGGAGCUUCUCCAGCAGCGCCGUGUCCAUCCUGGGCCGAGAGCAGUUCAUGGCUGUCUACCUGACUGGAGGUGUUGUUGCUAAUUUUGCCAGUUAUCUGGCUAGGACGGCAACGGGGAGGUUCGGUCCGUCUCUUGGAGCUUCUGGAGCCAUCAUGGCCAUCCUGGCUCUUGUCUGCACCAAAAUGCCAGAAGCCAAAAUGUCCGUCAUCUUCCUCCCCAUGCUCACCUUCACUGCUGCUCAUGCUCUGAUGGGCAUCGUUGCGAUGGAUACAGCAGGUUUGCUGUUUGGAUGGCAGUUCUUUGAUCAUGCUGCUCAUUUAGGAGGAGUCUUGUUUGGAGUCUGGUACAUCAUGUAUGGUCACGAGUGCAUCUGGAAGAACCGAGAAACAUUUGUAAAAAUUUGGCAUGAGAUGAGAACUGGAGGAGGUCCAGGCAGAGGAGGUGCUAACGGAGGAUAAGGAGGAGGAGGAGGAGGCUGUGUGUAGGACGCUGACACACCGCAAACAUGUAAAGAUGAAUAAAAUGUACAGACAAAGCUCGGCUUCUCAGGACAGGUGGGAGUCAUGACACAAACACCUGGUUAUGAUUCAUGUCCAUGUUUAUAUAAGUAAUUGACAUGAAUGAGUUUUGUCACUUAGGGACAAUUAAACUCCACAGUUUGUUUGUUUGUUUGUUUGUUUAGUCGUCAUGAGACUAGCAGAAAUCCAAACUUUGUGUUUUUGGUUGUAUAUCAGUUUCAAUAAAAAGAUUUAGGUUGCACAAAAUGAAACGUCACCAGAUAAUGUUUGGAUUUAUCACUUCAUGAACAAAUUAUUUUGUUGAUUAAUUGAUUUAUUUAAGGCUUUAACGACGGCCCGUACAUUUUUUCUAUCCCGCCAUGUUGCAUCAAGUUGGGCCGAGCUGUGUGCAGAUAUUAAUGGAAACCAUUAUAAAAUAACAUAUGAGAAGUCUCUCUUAUUCUGAUUCUGAAAAUAGUAGAAGUUCCAGGAAAGUUGAAGACACUCAAACUAAUUUUUUAAGUGUGUUCUUGUUGUGUGAGAAAGGAUGACGUUUUAUGUUCUUUCUGCUUAUUGAUGUUUUUUUUUCCUUAAAUAAAACUGUAAAAUGAUCUGAAACGAUGCUGUUACAUUCACUGUAUGAUAAUCGUGGUCACGCACAGACAAAGAAGCUAUGAGGGACAAAAAAU